CCAGCCAAUCAAACGAGGCGUGCAGAUAAAUGAAUCAGCCCGAAGCCACGCCCAGAAGUCGCUAGCGUGAGAGGUAUGUUUUUAAAGAAAAAAUUGUCAUGAACUGGUUUAACGAGAAAGAAGGAAGUAGUUUUGACGGUGCCAAAAAAACAACAAACGACAUUUCGUCCGCAUCUUUUUGACGAACGAUGCCAGCAAAGCCCGAAUAAGGACGACACCGGCGGACUGAACCGAUGAAGUCUACGGCCACGGCGGUUUCCACAAUAGUAGCUCUUGCUUUCUUUGGCGCAUUGUACGUUGAGGCCAAAACAGUAAUAUCUGUUGAUGAUGCUCAGUCAAUACGCGUCGAUUUGGAUCUGUCCCAUGUCUCCCAACGGGUGGACGAAAGGUUUCUCUCGGUUGCCAUAGAUGCCAGUUUAAUCGCAGAGGAGAAGUUCAUGAACCUACUGAAUUCACAGAAGUUAAGAACCCUUGCCAAAGCCUUGAUCCCGGCUUUUCUGCGAUUUGGAGGUACCAAACAAGAUUUUAUAAAAUUCAGCCCACGCGGAAGAUAUUUUCAAGCGAGAGACAACAGCAGCAGCGCUGUUCUAGGGAAAUUAUGUGAGAGACUUGAAUUGCCUCCGUUUCUGGAAAAUAGGUUGAAGCAAGAAUGGGUCCUACAGUCAAAGACUUUACGUCAGGAGGAACUAGAGGGAAAAUACAAAAAGACAAAAUUUUCUGAAUAUGCAGUCGAUCUGCUAUACGCUUUUGCAGACUGCUCUGGUUUGGACCUCAUCUUCGGUUUGAAUGCUUUGCUCCGAACCAGCAAAAACACAUGGAACAGCACAAAUGCAGAACUGCUGUUGAAGUACUGUGAGUCCAGGCAGUAUGUGAUGUCCUGGGAGCUGGGGAAUGAACCCAACAGCUAUGAGAAAAAGGCAGGGAUCAGAGUGGAUGGGUACCAGCUCGGUCAGGAUUUUGUCCGCUUGCAUCAAAUCCUACGGGAAUCGGCGCUCUACCACUCGACAGGACUAUAUGGACCGGAUGUUAGUCAGCCACGAGAUCACCGCAAAGAUUUGUUAACUGGGUUUUUGGAGACUGGUGCAAAGGCCAUUACUGCAUGCACCUGGCAUCACUAUUAUGUGAAUGGCCGAGACACGUCUUUAGAGGAUUUCCUUGACCCUGAAGUGCUUGAUACUCUCGCAACGAAAAUUAACGAGGUCCUCGAGAUUGUUGAAUCUGUCUCGGGGAAGAAGGUGUGGCUUGGAGAGACGAGCUCGGCAUAUGGUGGAGGGGCUGUGGGACUCUCUGACACAUUUGUAGCUGGUUUCAUGUGGCUGGACAAACUGGGGCUCGCUGCCAAGCUUGGUUUAGAUGUCGUCAUCAGACAGGUGUUAAUUGGUUCUGGCACGUACCAUUUAGUGGAUGAUAACCUGGAUCCUCUUCCAGAUUACUGGCUAUCAUUGUUAUACAAAAGACUUGUUGGUCCAGAGGUCUUAAAAGCACAAGUUCUUACAAAUUUCGGAUCAAAGAAACCAAUACGGGUUUACCUUCACUGCACUAACAGAAAAAGCACACAUUAUAGACCAGGCGCUGUGACCUUAUUUGCCUUAAACCUAAACAAAAAUGAAGUUACGAUUAGUCUGCCUGCGCGUACAACCAACAGCACAAUUCAAGCAUUUGUGCUACAAUCAGCUGAGACUGGCGAACAGAGUCUUUAUUCCAGGUCGGUCAAAUUGAAUGGACAAGUGCUAAAGAUGGUGGACGACCAAACACUUCCUCCGCUGAAGGGACGUGAUCUGCCGCCUGGAGAACGCAUCAAGCUGCCCGGCUUCUCAUUUGCAUUCUACGUUCUGAGCGAAGCACAAGCCCCGGUAUGCAAAUGAGCUCUCGUAAAAGACAGCUUUCACUGGAGAAUCAGGGAUGAUGACAAAAUAUUUAGCUGUGACACUGUUUUAUGUGAGGGAACUUCAAACUUGAACGAAAUGAUUCAGUCUGGUAAUAUAUAAUCAACAUUUUUUAUUUACGAAAGUUCAUAUUUAUUCUGGAUUGAAUCUGUUUUGCAUCUUUUGAAAUAAACCGAUUUUUUUUUUAUCAAAGUGCUCAUUUGUCAGGACAUCUUAUUUGACAAGUUGAAGUGAUCUAUUAUUUUCCAUGCAGGCGUGAGGCCCUCUGCGCUUGCGGCAAUCAAGCCUUUUGAUUCUUAGCAAUUUUCUGUCUGUGUGAUUCGCAUCUGUGUGUGUGUGUUUAGCUAAAUUUAGAGAUGUAUCAUAAAAAGAACGAGACAUUUAAGAAUCCACUCAAAUAGCAGGCAUAAGACGUCUCGUUGCACUUGUUAGUCUAUAUUAGAGAAAAAUGAAACAUCUGGGAUAUCUUAAGUGAUGACAUGGAUGGUAUAAAUACAGAUAAAUAUUUCUUGAGUAAUCUGGAAAAAGUUUGACUUAUUUUAAUGUAUUGAUGCGGCACGGCAGGUUUUAUGUAAUCAUUUAACGUUAACAUUUAUGCUAACCGAAAAAUGCAUGGAAAGGGCAUUAUAAUUUCUUGUUUUUGUAAAGUAAUGACUGCGGUUUUAUUUUACCAGCCACCUGUUAAUAAUAGCACAUUGUUGAACAUUGUGUAUACUCUAUGCUUAAUUUUUUGUCUUGGACAAAAGCCCGAAAAAAUUAAGCAGGGUUUGCCCCACCGGGUGGCGAUGUUUGCCACUGUUUUAGGGCUGAAUUAGCCUGGAAUGACUUUGAAGCCACGUUACAUAACUAGACCACAGACCUUUAAGACCACAAGCUUUAUUCAUUGUGGUUGAAGUUCAGCAUUGUGAGGUUUGAGAUUUGGAUGAAUACUUCUUCACCUUUUAAUUGGUGUAUCCUGUUGCCCAAAAAUUUGAAGAGUUUCAUUACAAAAUACAACAUAUCUACAUAAACAAGCCCAUAAUUCUUCAUUUGGACUUUCUGUUAUAAAUUUGAUUCAUAAUUUCAAUAUUAUUGUAGUUAGUUCAGUUCAAUAAAAUUGUGCCUGUGUCCUAAUUUAGAAUUUUUACUCGAGUCAUAUUUGUAUUCUCUCCUAAUUUUUGUCCGUGAUACGACUCUCAUAGUUUCUCAAAUCAUUUUCUAUAACCGAAUUUUGACUGUUAUCAUAAUUAGGUUUUUUAUGCCAUGAUUAUGAUUUUUUUUUUAACCUCCUAACUUUGUCUUUUUAUAAUUAUGACUUGCUGUCUGAUAAUUCCACAUUUAUCAAACAUUCAACUUGAUGUACAAACUGGCUGUUAAAAAAAUUAACUUCCCCUUUUUAUUUCAUACGUUUUAAAUAAAUAACAUGCAAUCAGUCUGUACUACUUUCUAAGCACGUUUUGCUGAAGAUCACGGUUUGGAUGGCUCUCUCAUGAACGAGCGCAGUAAGCCCUGCGGUGUCUGUGCUAAGUUGAGCGUGGCAGACGCUGAAGGGGUCGUUGUUUGCAGUGGCCCUUGAUAAUACGUGGCUUGUGUGCGACGAGCAGAGCAGAGUCUGGCAACCUCUGCCAGUCACACAUCUUCUCCAGCUCCCCUGAGAGAUCCCACGACCAAUGAACACAAGCCCUCACUCCAGCAGUGUGCUGUGGCCACAGAGCCCUCUCAGCUUCAUUAAGAGGCGCCGUCUGGAAACAUGCGGGGGAUUUAGGCAGCGUCAGAGAUUUAGGUUACCCCUUUGGGCAACCCUUGACUCAAGUAUUUCUUUACCAAUGACUCAGUGAACCAGGGGGUUUCGGACGUUUUGAUGCCAUGUGACAUAUACGACGUGUUCAUUUUCUCCUGCAUUUUUUAAAAUGUAUAGUCACUCUAUUACACCUUACUCUUACAAAUUGAUUUUAUUACUACUAAAAAGUCUGACAAUGUAAUAAAUUAGAAAUUAAUUCAUUUUAGUCUUCAAAAGCAUGAUUUUAAAAAAGAAACCUUAAAAUAAUAAAACAAAAACAAUCUCUAAAUGCGUUAAUAAAUCAUAAACACACUUAGUAUAACAGCCUACGUGAACUUUGGCAGCUGUAAAUACUUUCUCUCUCUCUUGAAUUGUUUGUUGACCCCCUUGAGGGUUCAAUAAUCUGAAAACUUUGACUGGCUUUUUUUUUUUCUUCCUUUUUUACUUUUCUUCCAAGAUUGCAUUUCUUUUUUCAACAAGAUGUCAGAGUUGGUGCUCCUCCACUUCAAGAUGGUAUUGUGUGAUGCUAGGCCAUUGAUUUUUCAGCACUCAAUAAAAUUUUAGUAUUUUA